AUGGCUGCCAAGGACGUUGACUUGGUCCGAGAUUUCGCUCUCACAGGGCAUAACGGGAAUCAUAUCGUGACUGAAGAGAUCGACAACCCAACAGAUAAUAAGACUGACUUCAACGCAGUCUUCGUAGAACCAGCUGCCGAAGAUGAUGCAGAAGGGCCAGCGCCUACCGAUGAACAGAAAGAGACCCUCCGUAAAAUUCCUGGAAAGGUCAAUGCCGCGGGAUACGCUCUCUGUUUCGUGGAGGCUGCCAAUUAUGCUUCAUACUACGGCGUCACUGGAGUCUUCCAAAAUUUCAUUCAGCGUCCCCUGCCUCCUGGUGGGAAUGGAGCAGGAGCUCCACCAAAGGGUACGCAACAGUCGGCUGGUGCUUUGGGUUUGGGGCUUCAAACGGCUACAGCUUUGACGGUAACUUUCCAAUUUUUGGUAUUCUGUACCCCACUUCUGGGCGGAUAUCUAGCAGACACGAAGUUGGGCAGAUAUAAAGGACUUUGGGUAGGUAUUACUAUAGGCUUUUGCUCGCACAUGCUCUUGGUUGUGGCUUCCAUUCCAAGCGUCAUCUCAGGUGGUCACGCAAUCGUCCCGUUCGUCAUCGGGAUGAUCUGUCUUUCUUUUGGUUCGGGUUUUAUUAAACCAAGUGUUGCCCCGUUAAUCGCAGAUCAGUCGACAGUCAAAACCCAACAUGUCAAGGAACUACCAUCAGGAGAGAAGGUGAUAGUGGAUCCCGGUGUCACGGUGGAACGGAUGCUUUUGCUGUAUUACUGGGCUGGAAACGUUGGUGCAUUCUUCUCCAUUGCCACGUCCUACACUGAGAAGCGUAUCGGCUUUUGGCCGUCUUUUAUGCUUCCCGGCUUUUGUUUUCUUCUUCAACCACUGUCCUUGUUGUGGGUCCGGUCUCGUAUCACCCAUUUCCCUCCAUCCGGAUCUUCCGUGGGUGAUGCCUUCAAGGUCAUUGGUCAAGUUCUCAAGCGUGGAAAAGGCCUCAAAGGCACGGAAGAAACCUGGGACAGCUUGAAGCCCUCUAGCUUACGGGCGAACGGCGAAUAUGAGCAAUUAGAGGCGACCCAUAAACCUGGAUGGAUCAGCUGGGAUGAUCAAUUCGUAGACGAGGUCAAAGCUACUUUAAAAGCCUUGAGGGUUUUUGUGUUCCUUCCUGCAUGGUAUCUUGCCGAUGGCGGAACCGACUCAAUUUUGACCAAUAUGGCUGGAUCAAUGACCACGAACGGCUUGCCUAACGAUAUACUAAACAACUUCAACCCUAUCGCUACCGUCUGUGCCAUUCCUGUGUAUAACUAUCUACUUUAUCCCACUUUGCGAAAAUUCGGCAUCAAUUUUGGACUGAUCAGAAGGAUUUCGGUCGGAUUCUUCAUUGGUGCAAUUCUGAAUGCUGUCGCCGCAAUCAUUCAGUGGCAAGUCUAUCAGACUAGUCCAUGCGGCUACCAAGCGACUGAGUGUGACAUCGGAACUGGUGUUUCAGAGCUGUCCGCUUGGCUAGUCGCUAUUCCAUUUAUUCUUCAACCGCUUGGAGGAAUUUUCAUAAGUGUCAGCUGUUACGAAAUGGCUUACACUUUGACACCGCCUAGAAUGAAGGGUACUAUCAUCGCUUGUGUUUUCUUCACAAGCGCUAUUUCGAAAGCAAUUCUUCUUGGAUGCACACCUGCCUUCAAAGAUCCCCACCUUACUUGGGUCUUCGUGGGUAUUGGUUGCGCGAAUUUAGUGGCUUCGGUAGCGAAUUUCGUAUUCUUCCGAGAUCUCGAUAACAACAAGAAAGAUACAGACUUCCAUCGAAUGGAGCUGACCGAGGAGGAGAUCGAGCGAAAGAAGGGCAAGGUAUAG